UUCUCAAUUCUCAUAAACCGGCAAUAUUUAUAAGCAUAGGGUUUGCUCGUGUGUUUUGAAUUGUAAUUGGAGUUCCGUGAAGACGGACAUUUGGAUAUCACGUGCGGAUAUUUCUGCUGCGCGUAAGUCUCAAUAAGAAGGUCGUCCAAGGUACAUAUAAUAAAAGUUUUUCCGCUAUCUUCAUUAACUAUAACCAUAUCGAAGAUGUUUGUGUUCAUCGAACAUUCUUAAAUAAACCUAUAGAUUGGACCAGAUAAGGUAAAUAUUUGGAUUACAACAAACAUAAGAAUUUUCUUUGCCGAUUUCGAAAGCGAGCAAUGAAGAUGGUGGAUUGGAAGUUUUGUCAUAUUAAUCUGAAUCUCCUGUCCAUAAAAUGUCAUUACUUUUUCUUUUUUGGAGGAAUGGGCGGUGCUAUGCCCUUCAUGCCCAUUUUGGCUAAGGGACUCGGAAUUAGCGCUACCGCAGUUGGGGUUGCCUUUACAAUCACACCUUUUUGUGUACUGUUUUCAAAACCGCUUUUUGGCUAUAUCACAGACUUCUUCAGGAAUAUAAAGCUGGUUGUCUUUCUCCUAGUGUGUGUAACGUCGCUUAGCUACAUACUCGUCAUUUUUCUACCUUCCAUCGAUAACUCGACGUGGAUAAGAAUGAAAAUUCAAUGUGGAAAUGCAGAAAACUCUACAUUUCUAAUUUCGACACAAUAUAACAGAGAUUGCCUUAGAGACAGUCUUCAAACCGAAGUGGAUGGUGAAAUCAGUUUUGUACCCUGUUACACCAAUAUUUCUAUGAUUUAUCAAGGAAAAAUCAGUCUUGAAAAUCUGAUAAAUGAGGGCCAUUCAAUACCUUUUAAAUCAUACGAAACUCUGCGGUUGAAAUUCACAUCCGAUUCUAAUAUUUCUUGUGACUGCGUUAAAGACAAUUCCUCCGUUUUCAAGAGCGUGAAGAUCAACUCUUGUUUUCAGAAAGACGAUGACUUCACUUCAGUAUAUGCGACAUAUCAGUUUUGGGUGUUUACGUUAUUGGCUGUCAUUUCUGGCACUGGAGCCGCGACGGUGUUUUGUCUCAGCGAUACGGCUUGUUAUGAGGUUCUUGGAGAUCGAUCCGAUUUGUACGGCAGGCAGAGACUAUGGGCAACGAUUAGCUGGGGAGUCGUCACUCUUUUGGCGGGUUUUCUUAAUGACUUGGCGACUGGAGAUUCGGAUACUGCCAACUUCUCUCCCGGCUUUUAUCUCAUGUUGGCUCUAGUUGCUGUCGAUCUUGUCUUGUUGUUGAAGAUCAAAUUGACCAAGGCCAACUUCUCCCUGCACAUAUGCCAAGACAUUGAAAAGAUUUUCUCUUCUUUCGAAACAGUUGCUGUCGCUUGUGCUGUCUUCAUUGUCGGCGCAUUGACAGGCCUUCUAUGGAAUUAUGAAUUCUGGUUUCUACAAGACUUGGGUGCCACCCAAAGCCUGAUGGGACUUUGCAUUGCCGUGCAAUGCCUCGUUGCCGAAGUGCCGUUUUUCUUUUUCUCUGGAUGGCUCAUCAAAAUCUUUGGACACUUUUAUUGCAUCAUAGGCACUUUCGCAGCUUUUGCUCUUCGACUGGGACUAUAUUAUGUUUUGGAAAAUCCAUGGCUGGUACUUCCGAUCGAAGUAUUGCAUGGGAUCACUUUUGGUGUGUUUUAUGCCUCUAUGACUGGAUACGCUUCGGAUAAUGCUCCACCAGGUACUGAAGCAACGAUGAUGGGGAUACUAGGAGGCCUAUACGAAGGCUUGGGUGUUGCCACCGGAAGCCUUCUCGGAGGAGUUGGAUUCGACAAACUUGGUGGCCGUCAAACGUUUUUAAUCGCUGCAGUUGUCAGCUUGAUUUCCAUUCUAACACUCUCCUUAGCACUUCUUGGUCAUAAAAAACAUCCAAACAAAAAUGAAACUUCAUAAAUAUGCAAACUGUACAAUAUCUAUACAGAAAAUGAUUAAUAUUAUUAUUUAUUACAAUUUUAUUGUUAAUAUAAUUUAUCACAUCAUUACUGAAACGACACUCGAUAAUAUUUCACAUACGGAAGUGAUAUCGAUACUUGGAGGCAGUUGAAAUGACUCCAUUCGGACGAACUGAUUCUUAGUCUGAGAAGCAUUUUUGUAAUCUUUAUCAUGUAUAAAUAACCGAUCAUAAAAUAAAAUCAUUCCUAUAAAA